CGGGGCAUGUCGGGAUACAUUAGCAUUAAAUAUGGCAGUUUGCACGGAGCAAGAUGGAAAGGUUGUUUGUGCUUCAGAUGCGGGUCUUUUAUUGCAUCCUGAGCUGUUGUCGCAAGAGUUUAUGCAGAUCAUCCUGAAUGAGAAAAAUGUGAAUAUCAGAGACUGCGGGAGUCGGGACCAGCUCACAGAGCUUUACCUCCGACAUGUCAUCCCGCUACCGCAGAGGAGUUUACCCAACAGCCGCUGGGGGAGGAGAGUGGAGAAGACCCGGGGAAGACGGACAUCGGCAGGUCACAGUUCCAGUAAUGACCACAACAGGAAAAGGCCUCUGAUUGUGUUUGAUGGCAGUUCCUCUCCCUCUGGCCCACUGAAAGUGAAAAAGCCAGAGGGAACCACAGUGUCAGCAGGGAUCACAGACAGGUUAAAACCUCCUCCAGCUGCAAACCUGUCCAACCCCAUCCGCAAGCUUUCGGGCAACAUGUCAUCCGUUCAUCGCAGCACUGACACAGCAAACAACAAACGAGAAGCAAAUAGCUCGGGUGUAUCGAAGUCUCCAGAGGUGAAGAAAAAGAUCCAGCAUGUGACAUGGCCCUGACGUCUAACCCAGACACAGAGACCUAAUGAGAGGGUAGGCUCUGGUGUGGACGGCUCACUCCCCUCCCAUCACUAAACACUGGCUCUUAUUGCCCACUACCUUUGCUCUCCUUCUCACUAACUGCAUCACAGAAAGAAGUGGAAACCCUGUAACUCGUGCAUUGAGGCCACCUCACUGUUCUCGUUCAGUUCUGACAGGAUGAGGUGGUGCUGCCGAAGUCACAGGCCUCAUUGUAGCCUUCCUCAACCUGAAGUGCCCUUACCAUCAAUGAUCAUCAACUCCAGAAUGCCAUGGAAAUUACGGCUGUUUGUAUUUUGUUUCUGUCGACGAGUUGGUUUGUGUAAUAUGGCCUCCAGUGCUGGUUUGUAGUGAUAUGAGGGAAACUUUCUGGCAUUGGUUUUGUUAAAAAAAAAAAAAAAA